AUGGGGUCCAACAGUGGAUCCGGUCCUGAUCUUGCUUUCAUCAGCCAAAAGUACGAGGAGGAGAAGCUCAAGCGCAUCCGACCUGAUGCCGGCUCUCAGUAUGUCGAUCUAGAACUCAGCUCGUCAUCACGUCUCCACGAUUUGGUUGAGGAUCCCUGGGUUGAUCAUGACGCUCUGAAUGUCAAGGAGCCCAAUCUCAAGGAUGGAGACGAUAUCAAGUUCCUCCUACUUGGCGGCGGCUUUUGCUCUCUUCAAUUCGCCGUGUACUUCAUCAAGGCCGGUUUCAAGCCGGAAGACAUUCGCUUUGUUGACACGGCAGGAGGGUUUGGAGGAACAUGGUACUGGAAUAGGUACCCUGGCUUGAUGUGUGACACCGAGAGCUCCAUCUACCUGCCGUUCCUUGAAGAGACAGGAUACAGGCCCACCCACCGUUAUUCGUAUGGUCCAGACAUCAGACUCCACGCGGAGCGAAUCGCCGAGCACUACAAGCUCUCAGAUAAAGGGGUUUUCCGUUCCUAUAUGGAAUCUUUUGCCUGGGACGACGAGAAGCGAAGAUGGUUCGUUACAAUCAAGCAAAAUAGGGGCCCAAAGGAGGAGCCCGUUUCUAUCAAUGUCACAGCCCAGUUUGUCGUCCUCGCCAAUGGCGUGCUCAACCACCCCAAAGCACCAAAGAUCGAUGGCUUUGAGACCUUCCAGGGCAAGUCGAUCCAUACCGGCCGCUGGAGGUACGACAUCAGUGGUGGCUCACCCACAGACUGGGCGUUGUCUGGCCUCAAAGGCAAGAAGGUUGGGUUUAUCGGCACGGGAGCCACAGGUGUGCAGUGUGCGACGGAGCUUUCGAAGUGGGCCGAGAAACUCUAUGUUUUCCAACGAACGCCUGCUAGCGUGGACAACCGCGGCCAGAGAGAAUUUAAACAGGAAGAUUGGGACAAGAUCGCAGCCAAGCCCGGAUGGUGGAAGGCCCGCAAUAGUAACUUUGUUGGCCAUCUCAACGGCGAAAAACCUGGGGAAGACUUGGUGAACGAUGCCUGGACAACGAUUGAUACAUACAAGCUUCUCAUCGGUGGGCCCCAUGAACCGGUGGCGAUGGCUGACAUCCCACAACACAUCACUACAGCAUUGGUAACGGAUGCUCCACGAGCUGAGAGAAUCAGGAAACGUGUCGAGGAGACGGUCAAAGACGCGGAGACAGCCGAGAAACUCAAAGCUUGGUACCCGUCUUGGUGCAAGAGACCGUGCUUCCAUGACGAAUAUCUCACCAUAUUUAAUAAGCCCAAUGUCGAGUUGGUUCAGACCGACCCCGAGGGCAUCACCAAAGCUACGCCAAAGGGUCUUGUCGUCGGUGGCAAGGAGUAUGAUGUAGAUGUUUUGGUGUUUGGCACGGGCUAUCGAUCUCCGGCCUCUGAUAUGUCCGAGCCUAGUACGAUGUGCAAUGCUUCCAUCGUUGGGAAGGAUGGGACCAACAUGCGUGAAUCUUGGCUCGCCCAAGGACCCACGACUCUUCACGGCGUGCUUGUCCCUAGGUUUCCCAACAUGUUCCUAACAGGCCCAGCGCAGGCCGGAGCAUCAGCGAGUUACACCUUCUUGUUCGACCUUCUCGCUGAGCAUGUGGCACACAUUGUGGCAGAGACCACAAAGAGAAGCAAGGACCCUGGUAAUCUGGUUAUCGAGCCCACGCCAGAGGCGGUAGGUGCGUGGACCGGUACGAUUUUGUCUAGAGCUACCUGGGCAUCUCCUCUCAGUAUCUGCCUUCCAAGUUAUAUCAAUGACGAAGGCACGCUUCUUAAAGGUGACAAUGCUCGCCAGCUGGCGCAGGGCGGCACGUUUGGCGAAGGCAUCAAUGUCUUUGCCAAGGUGUUGGACGAGUGGAGGCGGGAAGGUAGUCUUGCUGGCGUUACAUUCGAGUAG